AUGCCAUUUGCUUGUUCGCUUUCACAAUUCAUUCGGGAAUUUUCUAAAUUCUCUUUCAUAUUUUCUUCUUCUUCUUUUUUUAUUUACUUCCAAACGCCAUUUUUAUUUCGUUUCUUCUUCCGCCUGUCAUUCUUUCUUUCCUACUACAUUUUAUUAAUUCUCUUUUUUUUAUUCUUCUUUUGUUCAUUCAUUUUCUCUUAUUUUAUCCUCCUUUUUAUACACAUCAUUUUUUUCAUUCCGACUUUUUUAUUUUUUAUUUUUAUUCCACCUUUUAUGCGUCUUUCCAUUCCACCAUUUUUUAUUCGGCUUUUUUUUCAUUUCGCUUUUUUUAUUCGGCUUUUUUUUCAUGUUGCCUUUUUUCACUUGGCUUUUUCAUUCCAUCUUUUUUAUUCGGCUUUUUUCAUUCCAAAUUUUUUACUCGGCUUUUUUUCAUUCACCCUUUUUAUUCGUUUUUUUUUUUUAAUUCUACCUUUUUUAUUCGACUUUUUUACAUUCCACCUUUUUUAUUCGACUUUUUUUUCAUUCUACCUUUUCGUUCGGCUUUUUUUUUCUUCUAUCUUUCUUAUUCGGCUUUUUUUUUCAUUCCAUCUUUUUAUUCAUUUUUUUUCAUUCUACCUUUUUUAUUCGACUUUUUGUCACUCCACCUGUUUUUGUUCGUUUUUUUUCAUUCUAUCUUUUUUUAAUCGGCUUUCUUUCACUCCACCUUUUUUAAUCGGUCUUUUUUUCAUUCUACCUUUUUUUUCGUUUUUUUUCCUUAACUCCAUCUUUUUUUAUUCGGCUUUUUUUUUUCAUUCUAACGUUUUUAUUCGGCUUUUUUUCCCUUCCACUUUUAUUAUUCGGCUUUUUUUUUUUUGCUUUUUUUUUUUUUUUUCAUGUCGCCUUUUUUAUUUGGCUUUUUUCAAUUCCACCAUUUUAUUUUUUUUUUUUUUUCGUUCUGUCCUUUUUCACUCUGCAUUUUUUAUUCUAUCGCUUUUUUCUUUUUCUUCUGUUUCUCUUUUUCCUUUCAUUUUCUUUGUUUUUAUAAUUCAUUCUUUUACGUUUAACUGUAUUCUUUUAUUUACGUUUUUUUUCCUAUCAUUUUCCCUCGUUCUUUGUUCUUUAUUCUCUUUUAUUUCCCUUUAUCCUUUUUUUUCAUUUUCUAUUUUCCCAUUUUCUUUUUUUAAUAUUUUCUUUAUUAUUAUUUAUCCUGUUUAUUUCUUUUUGCAUUUUAAUUUCGUUCUCUUUCUUUUUUGUUCCGUUUCUUUUACCUUCUUUUUUAUUUUCCCACUCUUUCUUUUUCCUGCUCUCUCUUUGUCAUUCUUUUUCCUUCUCUCCCUUUUCCUUCUCAUUCUUUUUCCUUCUCUCUUUUUUCCUCCUUUUUCUUUUUCCCCUCUUUCUUUUCCCCCUUUCUUUUUCCUGCUCUCUAUUUUACAUUCUUUUUCUUUUUUCAUUCUCUUUCUUUUUUCUUCUUUCUCUUUUCCUCCUCUUUCUUUUUCCUUCUCUUUCUCUUUCCUUCACUCUCUUUUUCGUCCUAUUUCUUUUUCUUUCUUUUUCAUUCUCUUUCUUCUUCCUUCUUUCUUUUCCCCCCUCUUUCUUUUUCAUUCUCUUUCUUUUUCCUUUUUGUCUCUUUUCCUUCUCUCUCUUUUUCAUUCUCUUUCUUUUUGCUUCUCUAUUUUUCCUUCUCUUUAUCUUUCUUCCUCUUUUUCGUUCUUACUUUUUCAUUCUUUCUUCUUUCUACAUUUGUCGAUUUUUUAUUCAUUUUCUUCUUUCUUUCUUUCUUUCUUUUUUCUUUCUUUCUUUCUUUUUUCUUUCAUUCAUUCUUUAUUUUAUCUUUCUUUUUCUUUUCUUUCUGUUGUCUUUCUUUCUAUCUUUCUGUUUGUUUUUUAUUUGUUUUUUUUUUUGCUCAAUUUUCCUUACAUUCAUAAACUUCUUCAUUUUCGAAUCCUUACAUUUUCUCGUUCAAUCCAUUAUUUGAACAUAUGUUUUUCUUUGCUUCUUUCUGCCUUUCUUUCAUUUUCUUUUUUUUUUCCUUAUUUCUUUCUUUUUUAUUUUUUCUUUGUAUUCAUACAUCCUUCAUUUACCAAAUUAUUGCGUUUACUUCGAGUUUUUCUUCUUAGUUUUUCUUCUUUUUUAAUUCAAUCUUUGCUUUGCCUUUUUCUCUUCCUUUCUUUUUUAUCUUAUAUUCUUUCUUUAUUUUUAUCUUUCUUUUUUUUCUUUCUUUUUUGUAUACCUUGUAUUUAUACACUUUUGAGUUUCCAAUUUUUAUUCUUCUUAAUUUUUCUCAUUUCUCUCUCAAUCUUAUCUUUGCCCUUUUUCCUUUUUCUUUCUUUCUCUUUUCUUUCAUCGUCUAUUUUUACUUUCGUUAUUUUUUUCUUUCUUUUUCUUAUUUCUUCCUGUAUUCGUACAUUACUUCAUUUUCCUAUUCCUCUUUUUCUUCUUCAAUCUAAUCUUUGCCCUUUUUCCCUUUCAUUCUUUCUUUCUUUCUUUUUUACUUUUUAUUUUUUCUUUCUGUCUUUCUUUCUUUCAUUUUUUUUCUUUCAUUCUUUUUUUCUGUCUUUCUUUUUUUCUGUCUUUCUUUUUUUCUGUCUUUCUUUUUUUCUGUCUUUCUUUCUUUCUGCAUUACUUUCUUUGUUUUUUCUUUCUUAUUUUUUCUUUGAUUUCAUCUUUUUCUUCUUCGAUGUGUUCAUUGUCCUUUUUCUUUCUUUCUUUCAUUCUUUCUUUCAUUCUUUCUUUCAUUCAUUCUUUCAUUCAUUCUUUCAUUCAUUCAUUCUUUCAUUCAUUCAUUCAUUCUUUCAUUCAUUCAUUCAUUCAUUCAUUCUUUCAUUCAUUCAUUCUUUCAUUCUUUCAUUCAUUCAUUCUUUCAUUCUUUCUUUCAUUCUUUCAUUCAUUCUUUCUUUCAUUCUUUCAUUCUUUCAUUCAUUCUUUCAUUCUUUCAUUCAUUCUUUCUUUCAUUCUUUCAUUCUUUCUUUCAUUCAUUCUUUCAUUCUUAUUUUUCUUCGAUUUUCUUUUUUUCGUAUUCGAUCUAAUCUUGGUUCUUUUUCUUUCUUUCAUUCCUUCUUUCAUUCUUUUAUCUGUAUUUCUUUUUUUUUCUAUUUCUUUCUUUGUAUUUUCUUUCUUUCGUUCUUUUUUCUUACUUUUACAUUGAUUCCAUACUUUUCUUCUUCAAUCUAUUUUUGUUCUUUUUUCUUCCUUUCAUUCUUUCUUUCUGUCUUUCUUUCUUUCUUUCUUUCUUUUACAUUUUAUGUGAUUUCCUCCUUUUCUUCUUCGAUCUAA